AAUACAAAGUUCCGGUUUUUCUCAAAAUGAAAAUGAGGAAACUAGCAAGUGUUAUUACGAAAUUUUAGGAAUAAGCAAAGAAGCUAAAACCGAGGAAAUUAACAGGGCUUAUCGAAAACUAGCUCUCCAAUAUCAUCCAGAUAAGAAUAAAUCUUCACAGGCGGAGAAAAAAUUCCAAGAAAUCACAAAAGCUUAUGAUGUUUUGAGCGAUGAAAAGAAAAGGGGAAAUUAUGAUAUGGGUGGAGUUGAUUUUUUAGAACUUGCUGAGGGAAUUAGAAAGCAGUCACGAGAGUUGCAAAAAGAAUGA